CGCGAGCUUGAGCCGGACCCGGGGGCGACGCGCGGAGCGGCUGGUCCAGUCAUGGCUGACUACUGGAAGUCACAACCAAAGAAAUUCUGUGAUUACUGCAAGUGCUGGAUAGCGGACAAUAGGCCUAGUGUUGAAUUUCAUGAAAGAGGAAAGAAUCAUAAGGAAAAUGUGGCAAAGAGGAUCAGUGAGAUUAAACAGAAAAGCCUGGAUAAAGCAAAGGAAGAAGAAAAAGCAUCAAAGGAGUUUGCUGCAAUGGAGGCAGCUGCCCUGAAAGCAUACCAAGAGGAUUUGAAAAGGCUUGGCUUAGAGUCAGAAAUUCCAGAAUCAAGUAUAUCACCAGAUACCAGCACUGUCCCACCCACCUCUGCAUCAAACCAGCAGAAAGAAAAGAAGAAAAAGAAAAAAGACCCUUCAAAGGGCAGAUGGGUAGAAGGCAUAACAUCUGAGGGUUACCAUUACUAUUAUGAUCUUAUCAGUGGAGCAUCUCAGUGGGAGAAACCUGAAGGAUUUCAAGGAAACUUAAAAAAGACAGCAGGGAAGGCUGUUUGGGUAGAAGGUUUAAGUGAAGAUGGUUAUACCUAUUAUUAUAAUACAGAAACAGGAGAAUCCAGAUGGGAAAAACCUGAUGAUUUCAUUCCACACUCUGGCGAUCUGCUUUCUAGUAAAGUCAAUGAAAAGUCACUUGGCACCUUAGAAGAGUCCAAAUCAUCAGAUUCACAUAGUGAUUCUGAUGGGGAACAGGAAGCACAAAAAGUAGAGGUCUCUACAGAAACGCCAAAGCUAAAAAUAAAGUUUAAGGAAAAAAAUAAAAAUAGUGAUAAAGGAAUUGAACCAGAAAAACAGAAAGCAAAAAAUAUCCAAGAGCAAAAUUCAUCAGGAUCAAAUGAAGAAAAGUCCAAAGCUCAUAAAAAAUCAAACCCAUAUGGAGAAUGGCAAGAAAUUAAACAAGAAGUUGAGUCUCAUGAGGAGGUAGAUUUGGAACUUCCAAGCACUGAAAAUGAGUAUAUAUCAACUUCAGAAGCUGAUGUUAGUGGGGAACCCAAAGUGGUUUUUAAAGAAAAAACAGUCACUUCUCUUGGAGUCAUGGCAGAUGGAGUGGCCCCAGUAUUCAAAAAGAGAAGAAUUGAAAAUGGAAAACCUAGAAAUUUAAGACAACGAGGUGAUGAGCAAUAAUUGGAAAAGAGCUUUUGAACAUUCUUUUUGGACAGAAGGGAAACUACACAUCUUAAAAGCUUCUCUGUGUUAUUUCUAAAUACUUUAAUGCUAAAAAUUUAGAUUUAUUCUAAAUGUAUUUUAUGUAAAUUUAAAAUAAAUCUUUUUUCAUAUGAAAUUUAUUUUUGUUCCUAAAACAGAAGCCUACUACCUUGCAUUGUAUUAGUGUUUAAUGUUCAGUGUCUAAAAAAUGCUAAUUGUCGUAAGAUACUAUGUGUCUGUUAUUUAAAACCUGGAAAACCAAGGCCUUUAUUCCAUUCUUACUUGUAUGAACAUAUACUUAUCCUGCACUGAAAAUACAUUACUUUCCUACACUGAUACUAACUGUUAUCCCAGAGGUAAGAAUCAGACCAAAUAAGAGAAGAUUCCCAGCCCAUUGAUGGAUUCAGUUCUGAGAUUCCUGUCAAAAGGC